GGAAGGCAAGGCUUUUGGGUAGUGGGGGGGAGGUGGCAGAGACAGUGGCGAUCCAGCCUUCCCAGAUGCAGCUGUCCUGCAUGGUCAUAACAGCGCAGAUCCUCAGCUGAGCCACAUGGGCUCCCUCUGUUUUUAUUUUUCGCUUCUGUUUUUCCCAGCUUGCUUUGUCUUGCUUUCCUGGAAACUCCUUCAGUGCUUGAAUCGAAUGCCGCCAGUGGGGCUUCUGGCAGGUCGCCCCCUCUUCUGCUUAUGCAUUUUAUUUAAUUUGCAACGCAGCCUUAGCUCCAUUCCCUCCCCGAGUUCCCUUUCCCCUCUGUGCUGGCCUUGACGUCCGUGGCCGUCCGGUUUCUGCUGUGGAUCAUCGCCGGGCCGGAGAAGCUCUGCAGGAGCUGGGGUGUCGGACUGAGAUGGUGGGCGAGCCAGAGACGCUUCCUCGGGCCUGAAGAUCUUUUCCCCUCCAAAAGCACCAGGGACGUAUCCCAGAAAGCGCAGCGCUCUCCUACUUAGCGCGUGGCUGGGGAGGGGAACCGAACGGAUCGAGUCAACGUCAUGGAACUAGGCCGGUCACCUGCUGUGCGAUAUUCCCUCGGCGGGUAGAAGGAGCCUUUUUUAAGAAGGGACAAAAAUUAGAGGUAGAAUCCGAGGGUAAAAAAAGAGGCGCUUGUGGUUUUCCCUCGCCAGCGCGAGAGGGGAGGGAGAGAGAGCGAGCGCUCGCAGGUGUUCCCAGCGGGUGAGCAGGCCCGUGCGGCGAGGAUGACGGGGUGACGGGGCCGGAGCCGGGGGGGGGGGAGACGAAGCGAGACGAGACACCAGAGGGGGAGCGAGAGAGGGCCGGGAGGACUCGGCGCCACGUUUUCGCAGGCGGCGCGCAGGAGGAGGCGGAGCAGGCGAGGGGAUCUGUGGCUGACGCUGUUCAGGAUGACCAGCCUGUUCCGGCGCAGCAGUAGCAGCAGCGGCGGCGGCGGCAGCGGCGGCGGGAAUGGCGGGGGCUCCAGGGGCGGCGGCGCGGCGCCCGCCGGCGAGCUCAACAACAGCCGGCCCGCCCGGCAGGUCAGGCGCCUGGAGUUCAACCAGGCCAUGGAGGACUUCAAGACCAUGUUCCCCAGCAUGGACUACGAGGUCAUCGAGUGCGUCCUGCGGGCCAACAACGGCGCGGUGGAUGCCACCAUCGACCAGCUGCUGCAGAUGAGCAUCGACGGGCCUGGCUCGACGGACAGCUCCGACUCCGAGGACAGCAUCCCCCCUGAGAUUCUGGAGCGCACUCUAGAGCCAGACAGCUCUGAUGAGGAGCCCCCCCCAGUUUACUCCCCACCCACCUACGACAUGCACAUCUAUGACAGGAAGUACCCUGAGGCCCCACCCACCCCACCUCCCAGGUUUGACGCCCUGCCCCCUGCAGCCACGCGGCCCCAGCGCAGCUACAGGAACUGGAAUCCUCCGCUGCUCGGCAACCUGCCAGACGACUUUCUGCGCAUCCUUCCCCAGCAGAUGGACAGUGUGCAGAAGUCUCAGGGGGGCCUCCCCCCGCCGGCCUCGUCAUCUUCGUCGUCGUCGUCGUCGUCGGUAACGCAGCAGUUGGCGCCGGUGACCGUGGCUACAGAGCAGGAGAGGAAGCUGAAGCAGUACCUGGAGGACGAGCGCAUCGCCCUCUUCCUGCAGAACGAGGAGUUCAUGAGGGAGCUGCAGCGCAACCGCGAGUUCCUCAUUGCGCUGGAGAGAGAUCGGCUGAAGUAUGAAUCAAAGAAAUCCCGAUCCAAUCAUUCAUCAGCUAGCAUGGAGAAUUCCACAGCAGGUGAUCUUUGUGCCUCGGGAUCCGGGGAGGCCUGUACUGCCGUCUCGGAUGAUGCCUUGUUCCGAGAUAAGCUCAAGCACAUGGGAAAAUCUACCAGGAAGAAGCUUUUUGAAAUCGCGAGGGCUUUCUCCGAGAAGACCAAAAGGAGGAAGACAAAGAGAAGAACUCUGAAACACCAGUCGCUGGGCACGGCAGCCUCCACUGCAAACCUUUUAGACGACGUUGAAGGAAACUCCUGUGAAGAAGAGGGCCAGCAAAGACGUCAAGUCGCUCAGGAAGAGGAGCAGCUUCACAAGGAAGCAUUGUCAUGAUCUUUCCUGACCUGGCCACUUCAGGGUUUCCAUGGUGACAGCAAAAUGACCCAUGGGCGGUGACAUGGCAGCUCACUUGCCUCCUCCUCCUGUAUGCUGGCCAGCCAAUCGUGGGCAACCUCAUGGGAAUAUAUACCCUUCCUACCACACCUACAGUGGAAGGAACACCACAGCCCCCUGCACUGAGCUAGCAGAGCAUCUCUCUGGUUCUGGACUAAUACCUUCAUUUUCUUUUUUUAUGCUUUAAAUCCUCUUUGAUUUUGAAAUAUAAAUCAAGCAAACCCCUUUACCAUGUCAUAGAAUUGUUUUCAAUGUUAUUACCCUAUAUUUAAACACCAGAAAGGCUCUACAGGAAUCUGCCUGGAUGUUACUGGGAUAGCCUUAAUCCUUGGCUAUCUGGGGAGAUAACCAGAUGCCCAAGUUAAUGAGACAGUAAAUUCUCAUUGUUUGUAAUCAAAUGCAUGCAGCCAUGCACUCUGCAUCAGUGCUGAAACUCGCACAAGAGUUUGUGAAAUUCAGUGAGGUUCCACUAAUCUUUUGUCUGGCUUUUAACAUUGUGAAGAUGGACUGAUUCCGAUGGCAAAACUGGGGAGAUACUGACUUUGUUGGAGCCAGACACUGUCUACACACAGGUGAAAACUCUUCCCAACUCCUGAUGUGCCACUGUACUGCAGGUGCUGUUCUGAAUCUAAUUUUAAUAACAAAAUGACAUCUGGCAGGUCAGAGAGUGGAGCCUGCUUAGAAGUAUCUUGAGAUGCCAUACACCUGUUUGCAAUGUACAUUAAAAUUCCAGCAUAGCUGAAGCUCUCUCAUGUUUAGGGGAAAUUGUGUUUCCAUUGGUCCGUGUAAGUUUCAUUAAUCUACACUUUUGACAUAUUUCUGCAGGCUGGUCCCAGGUUCCCGUCCAGCACUCUAAAUAACACUCGUUGAACUCAACAUAUUCAGAUGAAAUAGCAUUGUCAUAUCCUCAAUAUUCCUGGACUGUUGUUAAGUGUAGCUUUCAUAUCAUUAAAACAACAUUAUCACCAGAGAGAGAUGUUCCAUUAGACAGAAGCAAGUAUUUUUAUUGUUGUUAGAAUUGUAAUUACUAGGUAUAUUUUUAGCUCAAAGCCAGUAAUACUAGUAACUGACAGCUGUGCAUUUUCUGUAGUCGAACAAAGAAUUUCUCAGCUGAAAAUGAGAAGACAGGAGAAAGCUUUCCAAUCUUUGAACCAUGCCUCUGUGAGGACUGCAGUGUGAAUAUGAAUAAGAUACAGUUUGAUGUAUCUGCAAAACCAGGGAGUGUCGCUUAAAAAAUGGCUUUUGAAUGCGACACUGUAUAGGAAGGAGCUGGAUUCAUGUGGCAGAAUGCUCUGUGGCACCCCUCUCCCCCACCAUCCUAAAGAAAGAGGAAUGAAGUGAAAAUAUAAAAAAAAAUAUUGCUGCCUUAUUUUCACUGCAGACUCUUUAAGGCACUGAAUGCACAGGAUGGUGAUUGUGUGUGUGCAGCGCAGUACCAAGCACACCAAACAGACUCUGAUGCAGCAGGUUCUCUUGUAGAGAGCCUGAAAUUCAUACCCCAUAAGUGGAUGUGCUGGGAGGUGACAGGACUGUUCCACUGUGUGUGGAGAGGCUAGGGCUCAGCACCAUGCUGGAAUGAGGCUUUCAUACUGGCCACCAGCAUAAUGAUAUAUCGUAGAGCUCUUAUGCAUUGCUGUUACAAGCUGGAAAGAAGCACACUACAGUGUGCAAUGCCUCUGUAGCUCUAGUCGGGUGGCAUGCAGUGGAGCUCUGCCUUCUUUCUGCACUGUGGUAUGCUAAACCCUGAGAAACAAAGUCGUGUGCCUCUGGCUCCCAGCAUGCAGAGGCAUUACUGUGCAGUACCGUGUGCCCAACCCCUCAAACCCAAAGCUACAGUCACUCCGGUCAUCAGGACUGGUUCUUUGCACUUUGCAAUUUGUGUGCCGAAAACAUUCAUAUCACUGGCACAGGAAAGGCGAUGAAAUGGGGCCAGUUGGAAGAGCAGGCAGUCAGGUUCUCUUAAGCAGGCACAACUACCUCCUAGCUGCCGGGUGCUUGCAAAGCCGUCCAGAAAGCUUUUUUUAUUCCAGCUUUUUUUGGGGACACACCUAACCAAAAGAGCAGAUAUUAAUGGGUCUGCCGUUUGUUGCUGGAUCUCCUUCUUCAGAAUAAUACCAGGGUCAGCCUAUCAUAGAUUUCUCUGUCCCUGGGAAGGUUACAUCGAUAGCUUCUCAUUUCUGGUUGCCGUUUUAGUUUUUGGCUUGAGAAAUUGGUGGAAACCUUUGCCAAUUUGAGAUGUGUUUGGUUGCCUUUUGUAGAGUACGCCGAGGUGCUGAAUGACUGCUUAUUUUUUACAUCUUCCAGAAUGAGUCAGUGAUUUCUGAUACCAGACCCCUCUCAUCACAGGAUGUCCUUAAUGGUGCUGACUCCUCACCUGAAGCUGGGUCUUUUCUGCUCUGUCUCAGGUGAUGGGGAAAAUGUCUUCCAUAUCAAAGACAUUCACCACAACUCAGCUACGAAAUCACAGGUGGCACAGGGCAGCACAUCACACGUCCUGUACAGUCUUCAAAAGAUUUGUCUGUUGUCUGUGUGAGGGCAUGUAUGUAUUUUGUCAGCUGGUAACAGCAAAAGUGGAGCUGAUCUUCAGCAUCUUCUGUUUAUUACUCUUAUUCUGUAGCCCAGAUUGUGAUCUUGAAGUCAGGGGCCUGUUUGUAUCUGCCCUGUCAAGUGAAUUGGAUCUAGAUUGACCUGUCACACUAUUCUGAUGGCUGAGAACUUUUUUAUUCAUGUAAAAACAGCUCUGUAAAUGGACACUAUUACUAUUAGCUGUCCCAAGUGUUAAUACUGAGACAACUGUAUCUAAUGUGUUGUGAUAAGCUUCCUUUAAUUGUUUAAACAAUUGUUAGUACUUUGUAUACUGAGUUUAAAGGUACACAGUUCUUAUAUUACUACUUCACCAUGGGAUGAGUGUGAACUUUAUUUUUUAACAGCCCACACCUUUUUCCCCUCCAACACACAGGCAGAAGAUAAAUUUUAAGUACGGUUCUUACUGUACCAACCAGUCCCAGUGUCCAUUGUGUACUGCAUUUCUGGAAAAAUGGCAUCGGACCAGUAGAGACUUUGUGCCGAUUUUAACAUGCAGAACAGACACUCUGGAAACAGGGGCUGCAAUGUUUCUUUGGACCUGGGAUAAAUUACUAAAGUAGUCUCUGCAGUUCCUGUGAUCAGACCCAAUAUUUUUAUUUUAAUUAAAUUGAAUUAAAUGAGCCGAACAACCGGUCUCUCAUUUGAACCGAUUCUGGUAUUACGCUGACAUCCGAGGAUAUGGCGUUCGGUACCAGUUCAGAUACUGCAUGCAUGUCUGCUCGUGAGUGAUUCUUUUUAACAGUCUCAAACAGCUCUACGGUGGUCAUUUUCGUCGAUGGGCUGAAACCCUAGCAAAUUCCAUUCAGUUAAAAAAAACAUUUGCAAGUGCAUCCUUUGAGUUUGGGAAUUCUGUGUGGAUUGUGCAAUACCAGCAACAAGUAUGAUUGCUUAAUGGUACUGCUUUGUGGAACAGCAGAGCCACAUCUUAAAUCUUAUGGGCUACUUCAGCUGUUCAGCCUGGGUUUGCAUGGAAAACACACAUGCAGUUUUUAUGUGAAUCCUGUAGUGGGCAGCAUUAACAAAGACUUGCCUGCAUGCACAGGGUUUUUAUGUGGAAGUUAGAUGUUUUUAUAUUACGAUAGGACUAAUUAGCCACCAUGCAACAUUGUAGGUAAAUGUAUCCUCUCAGGGAAUUUCUCUCUCCUUUGUUGGUAAAGGUUUUGUUCACCAUCGGGUACAAGCAGCACAAGGACAUAAAUAUAAGCCACCAACCUGGAAUGUCCACAUGGCAAAACUUAAGAAAAUACAUUUUGUACAGCACCUGCUCUGCUCAGGAUGGAGCUGUGUGAAUUUGUCAAGCUCGGUCUCCAUUUUUCAGCUAGCGUGUAGAGGCAUAAACUACUACAUCCAGUUUGAAUGGACUGAACACCACAAUGUAGGUUUCACCCAGCUACACUGUCCAGCAUUGUUGGUUUAAAUCAGUUACACCUAUCCAUGUCCGAUUGAAACUCAAGAGCUCAGUUCCAGCUAUAGAUUCGUUUGUACUGCAUAGCAUGGAUGUAUACAAGCCAACAGGACCACCACUAGCCUGUGUAGCACGCAGUAAUGCAUCAUCUAAAUCGGGCAUUCUCAGCCCCUGACUUGGAGCUGGGGAUCCCUAUAUCUGAUUUUUGUUCCAAAUGACUCAAUCACUGGUGCCAAUUCACCUUUCAUUGAGCUACUCGCUCAUUAAGCCCCAUUUACUUCUCUACUCCAUCCUUGGUUUUCAAAAUACUGUGCAUACUCUAGCGUUACUGUCCCAGCACGAAUUAGUCCACGAUAUUUGUGCCGUUUGCAGUGCUCCAGUUGGAUACUUUUCAGGUAGCACGCCAUGGUAUCAAUGCUGGGCUGUUCUGCCAUUUCAAAACCCUUUAAACUUCUUUUAGGCCCGAAAGCCAGUUUAAAAAUGGGUCACUGUGGCAGAUCCACCCUUUGAAGUUAGCGCAACACAGUAAAAACCCUAACGAAAGAAAUUAAUCCAGGGAACCAGCCCGAUUUUACGCUCACUUCCCUAUCUUAUAUAAACCUAACUUCGAAGUUACUGUUUUUUUUAACGUAAUAUAAUAGAAAUCCUAGGUGUACCCUAAACCAGUAGCAGUGGGAAAUUCCCUCAGUCGGUCGAUUCCGUUUGGCCGGGGACGCUAUUUAACCGUCUUCCUUCUUACCUGCGACCCGACACGGAAAGCGACCGAAGCUGCUACUGUUUAAACUUGUUUAUUCCCUCAUUGGAGUAUUUCAGACUCCUUAAGAAUCCUCCUAAAAAAACUCUAGCUCUCCCUGGGAUAUUUAAAACUCACAGCCCCUUUUCCAGGUGACAGUGAGGGUCAUGUAGACGAGGCUGGAUCGCCAGUCAAUCCUUAUAUAGGGAUCUGGCGUUCGCAGGUGCAGGCGGUUUGCCGAUUUCCUCGGGAGAAUGAAAGGUAUGCAUUUCUAUCAUUGGUGCUCCGUCGCCGUCUGGCGGCUUAGACCUGGUUGUUCAGCUCAAAUUCGACCCCUAUGCUACAGCCCCAGAAAACGGAACAAAAAAAAAAAAACAGAUACAGGCAUCCACCAGGAACAGGGUUGGGAGUCACUGUUCUAAACAGAGGUUGUCUUUACUGACCACUUUUAUGCCGUAUAGUAUAGUCCGUGAAAACAAGACUGGUUUGAUUGGGGGGUCAUCAUUUCUUACAACUGAACAGAAUAACUAAUGAAUCCAGGUGUUUGUGCUGGAGUUCAGGCUGGAGGUGAUCCUGGGACAUGGCCUGUGAAAUCCCUUGGUUGACGAUGACCACUUCAGUUAAACCUCAGACACGGGUCAGGUACACUCAUUAAGUGGAUAGAUCCCCUGGCACAGCAAGCAGUGCGUUUCAACUCCAAAAACCUCCUAUUUAUCUUUGCGCUUCAUGUGACUGGAGCUCUCUCUGCUGGUGGGGUUGAUUUCUGAAUGUACUGAUAAUAGAUUAAGCCAGUUUAGCAUCUUGCCACAGACAGAACGCUUGUUUACAGUCGAAAUGGCAACCAGAAGGGUGUUCUCAGCGAGUUUGUUUUUAAGCAUUUACUCAAGAACUGACGAGACUGCAACCAUGAAAAAAGUGGGAGACUAUAGAUUGUUUUUUUUACAAAACUGGAAUUAGAAAUUAUAAUUAGAAAAAAAAAUCGUUUUGAAGAAGAUGCAGAGAUUUAAUGCCUAAACUUAUUUCCUGGAUGAAAUAAAUGAGACAGAAUUAAAACAUUUUAAUUUCCUAUAACGUCUCCAAAAAAAAAUGUGUGUGAAGGUUCUGUGUGUGAUUGUUGUACUUUCAUGAUUAUUUUCAGAUCUGAUCUUUCUUACACUUAAAAGAUGUUUAUUAGCUAUUGAUAUAAUAAAGUUGUGUUGUACCCUC